AUGGUGGUGGCGGUGAUGGUGGCGGCGGGCGGGGCCCGAGGGACGCUGGUGGCCCCUCAAGGCUCCUACAACAUCCUGAUGCUGCUGCCCAUGUCGACCAGGAGCCACAGGAACGUGUUCCUACCUCUGGCUGAGGCGCUGGCCGACAGGGGCCACAAGGUGGUGAUGUUAACUAACCAGCCGCCAACAGCCACACACGAGAACAUCACGGAAGUGUAUCAUGGACUUCCCAACAUCCUGCAGUACGGAGCCAAUAUGUUCUCGAGGCGAAGCUCCGCGACGGCUUUCGUUAACAAGUUCGGUGAGAGCGUGGUGGAGAUGUCUCGGAGCAUCUACCAGGUCCCCGCUGUGAUGGACCUCUACUCCAGGAGGAAGGAGUUCCAUCUGAUCAUCAUCAACAUGCUGUACUGUGAGUUAAUGUACCCAUUCGUGCACGAGGCGACGUUCAUCACGGUCUGCCCUACUGCCCUCAGCCCGCGACACAGCGCGGUUAUGGGCAACCCCCUCAGCCCGGCCGCGGCGCCCAGCACCUACUCCCACUUCUCUCAUCCUAUGUCUCUCCUCGACAAGAUCAAGAGCUUCGGUGAACAGAGUUUUAGGAACUUUUACUGGACUUACUGGGCUGUAAUACCCGCCAUUCAGAAGGAGAUCGCGGCGCAGUUCCCGCACCUGCCGCCGCUGCUGGAGGUGGAGCGCAACCAGAGCCUGACGCUCAUCAACUCCCACUUCACCAUAGACACGCCAGUGCCGCUCCUGCCGUCGCAGGUGGAGGUGGGGGGCCUCCACUGCCGCCCGGGAAGACCUCUGCCUCAGAGGCUGGAGGCGUGGGUGACGGGGGCGGGCGAGGGGGGCGUGGUGUACUUCAGCCUGGGCUCCGUCACCAACGGCACACUGCUCCCCGUCACCUACAGGGACAUGUUCGUCGACGCCUUCAGGCAGGUAGAGCAGCGCGUCAUCUGGAAGUUUGAGGAGAAGCUGAUGGAGGUGUCUGAGAACGUCUUGAUGGAUACGUGGCUUCCUCAGCAGGACAUCCUCGCCGACCCUCGGGUCAAGCUGUUCAUCAGCCACGGGGGGCUGUUGAGCAGUGAGGAGGCCGUCUUCCACGCCACGCCCGUCCUGGCACUGCCCAUGAGCUUCGACCAGCCCAAGACGUCUGGCCUCCUGCAGGACCUGGGGGUGGCCCGCGUCCUCCACUGGGAACAACUCUCAACUCAACUCAUCGUCAACUCCAUCAAGGAGAUUAUCAACAACCCGAGGUACACCACAAAGGCACAAGAACUUUCACGAAUGUUUCGUGAUCGGCCGGAAACAGCCGGAGAGAAGGCGGUGUUCUGGACGGAGUACGUCAUCCGUCACCAGGGGGGUGGGAGUCUGAGGAGCCCCGCCGCGCGACUCUCCUGGAGGGAGUUCCUCAUGCUGGACGUGCUGGUGGGCUGCCUCCUGGCUGCUGGCGGCGCCUGCCUCAUAAUGAGGGCUCUACUACGGCCAAUGUUUACCGGCCUCUUUUAUAGAGGGACCGGCAAAGUGAAGAGGGAGUAAGGCGAUGAGGUCACUCUGAUGGAAGAGCAAAUGAUAAAGGACUUUAUACAUGUGACUAUAACUUAGGGUGAAGGUAAUUAUCAUCAGGCAGUCAUUGUAUGGACCUAACAGCCAGGCUUCCUUCAUUCAGGUUUUGAUAGGUGUUUGUGGUGGCUGUUUGCCAGAAUUGUCAGGACUCAUUCUAAUGCUGUUAUUAAGGACAAUCAUUUGGACUACUGUUCUAAGGUAGAAGCAUGUUCUGUCUUAUAUGACACCAGGACACACCACCUUGGUUUGGUGUUGGGCUUAAGGCUUAUCGUCCGCGGGAAGGUUAUUAAAGCCACCUCAAUAGUUUACUAAGUAGCUAGUAAGUAUACCUUACAGUAUACUCCUAGAGGUGUUGUGUGUAUAUCUCACGUGAUGGCACCAGCUGAGGAUAUGACGCUUCCAUAAGCAUCUUAAUAAAUAGUUCUGCAAAUAUAAGAUCUUUCUAUAUAAAAUGUUAACAAUUCUGACUAGCAAAUAAUUUAAUUACUAGUUGAUAAGUACAAACCUAUGCUGAGGUUGACUGGCCUGCCACACUUAUUGGGCAGCAGCCAUUCAGUACAAAUAAUCAAUUUUAUCAAGUAAAGACCUUCCCCUAAAAUAAAAUAACAUAAAAAUUAAGGACACUAUAAAAAGACAUUUUGGCCCUACGUGGCACUUUAGUACCAAAAGGAUAGUUCAUAUCCAUCAAAACCUAUCCAUAUAUGUCUAACCUGAUCCCACAUGUUACGUUACCCAGUAAUUUGUUCCUUAAAUCAACAAACGUGUUUCCAAACCAGUAUUUACCCAGGUUUUCCAAAAUAUAAACUUAUGAAAUCUAUAUAAUUUUUUCGUGGUCUAUUUUGUGUUGAUAUAUUUAAUGCCAAAUUAAUAUCUGAUUAGUUAUGCUCUUUCAUCCAUUUGUACACUUGUAUCACGUCCCCAGACCCUCGUCUCUAUAGAGUAAACAAAAGUUAAGAACAUAACAUGUUCUUAUGGUCUAACAUGAGCAAGAUAACAUGUGGCCUAACAUGAGCAAGAUAACAUGUGGCCUAACAAGAGCAAGAUAACAUGUGGCCUAACAAGAGCAAGAUAACAUGUGGCCUAACAAGAGCAAGAUAACAUGUGGCCUAACAUGAGCAAGAUAACAUGUGGCCUAACAUGAGCAAGAUAACAUGUGGCCUAACAUGAGCAAGAUAACAUGUGGCCUAACAAGAGCAAGAUAACACGUGGCCUAACAUGAGCAAGAUAACAUGUGGCCUAACAUGAGCAAGAUAACAUGUGACCUAACACGAGCAAGAUAACAUGUGGCCUAACAAGAGCAAUAGUCCCAGAGCUCUUGGACUAUAGGUAGGAACAUUGGAGUGAGCACAAUAUAGGGCUUUCAGGAGCCUAUCCUUAUUUGUAUCAUAGAACAGUUGUACAAAUAACUGAAAUAUAUUGCACACUUGCUUUUACACUGGUAUGUGUGUGCGAGGGGUGGAGGCCGGACCCAACCACAGACCCACCCUGUUUACCCAAGAGACCAAUGGUCACUUAUGAUGGCAGCCCAGGAACUAUUAUACUGUGAUGCAAGGACUAUUCUCCUCUGGCAUACUCAAACCACACCUGUUCGUCGUCUUCCCCACAGAGCAGGUCUGCCUGACUGUUGGCACUGAUGACUGGUAAAGGCAAGCUGAUGUAAUGCAUCAGUUAUACACAUCACCAUUCCACGUCUUCAUACUGGAAGUCUGCCACCAUGACAGCAAGAUGAGCCACCUGACCUGCCACAAGCUCCACCACGCAUUACCCCCCCCCCCCAGGGCCUAGUACUGGUCGUCGGUAAGGCCUCUGCUAACAAGUAGUUAGCCUUCUGCAAACAUGCAGUUUGCUGCCUUAAACUGCAGGUGUAUAGCCUCUACACAAAGGUGCCGCUAGCAGUUUGCUAACAGUGCUUGUUACCAACCUGCGUUAACACCGGUCGUGAAGUCAUUACCACUGAGCUAUAUAAAGUGCUCCACCAGCCUUGAGAGACAGACACUCUGUUAGUGGUCUUGGGUCACCACGAGCCUCCCACACCGUCGUCUGCUCCCAGCCUGCGUCGUGUGCCGGAUGCUGUAGUGGUCUGGUGCAGGUCUUGGGUCACCACGAGCCUCCCACACCGUCGUCUGCUCCCAGCCUGCGUCGUG